AUGGAUACAACCGAUGAUCACAAAGAAACUCUACCAAUGUUGGGAGAAAAACAACUUGUCACGGAAGAAAAAACAAAACAAGUAAUCGAAGAAACAAAAGUUCGAGAUGAACUCGAAAAAAUGAAAUGUCAAAGUGAAGAAAUAAGACGAGUGGAAAAAACAAAACGCCACCGUGAAGCCGAAGUAAAAAUACGUAAUUUCAUAAUCGAAAGAACAAAACAAGAGAAAGUUGAACUCGAACGUGCUUCAUCCGAAACAAAUAGAUUGUUUUUUCUUAAAAUAUCUUGUGAUGAAGAUUGCAAUAUUAAUGUACCCGAUGACUUGCAAUCGUUCGAUAUCAAUUGUAUAUUAAAAGAUAACAAUUAUUUUAAUGAUAACAUAUUUAAUUAUGCUGAACAUUUCUUAAAUCUAUAUUCAUCAAAUCCAAACUUAAAGUCAUAUGAAAUUCAAUAUUUAUUUGACGAUUUAAUGGUUAAUUUAUUAAAUACAUUUAAUAAUGCUACAUCAUUGAAAUAUUUAAGUACUACUUCAACUUACUUAGGAAAUGAUUCUCAACCUGAUUGUACAUUUAUAUAUAAAAAUAUAAAUAUCGACACUUGUAAAGAAGAAAAAUGUUUGAAAGAUUUUGUUGUUUGUAUUGGCAAUUUAAAGUCUCCAACUGAAUCUUUAUCAGAAAACGUAAUGAUUGAAAAUAUAUUAGAUGAUAUGAAAACUAUAUUGUCAAUACAACGUCGUAAAAAGAUAUAUGGUUUUAUAAGUAAUUGUUUAUAUAUAAAAUUUUUUUAUCUUGAAAAAGAAUCCAAUUCAAAUUCCUUUGAAUUUUUUCAAAGUCAAGAAUUAGAAAUGUUCAGUUGUUUAUCUGAAACAUUAUUGUCUACUGGUGAAUCACAAAAAAGAAGAAAAAAACAAAGUUUAAGAAACUUACGUGUUAAUAAAGAUACAUGGAAAAUAUUUACAAAAUUCCUAACAAUGAAUAGUGAAUUUUAUGAAUAUACAAGAUUCAAUAUAGAUCCUCAUGAUAAUUUACUUGCUGAUCAAUAUCUGAUUAUAAAAGGGUUAGCAAAUGGUUUAACAUCAAUGAUUUAUUUAUUAGAAAAAAAUGAAAAUGAAUAUUCAGUUGAAGAAUCACCACAUCAUGUAAUGAAAAUAUUAAAAGAAAGUCAAGAUUCAAAUUUAUUUUCAAAUGAAAUUAAAAUAACAGAACAAUUAAAACAAUUUAAUGAUUCAAAAAAAUUUCAUUUAUUUUUUCAAGAUAUUCUACAUCUAUCACGUCCAGAUAAAUAUCUGUUGUAUGAUAAAGAAUUACAACCAAUAAACUCAUUAUCAUUAAUGCAAUCGAAACAACUUAUUGAUAUAAUGAAAUAUUUAUAUGAUUGCCGUAUUGUUCAUCGUCAUGUACGUCCAGAAAAUCUGAUGUUAGAUAGUAAUACAAAUCAUAUAAAAUUAAUUGAUUUCUCAUUUGCCAUAACAUAUGAUGUGGAUGACAAGGCAGGCAGUAUAGGUGUAACAGAUACAGUUGCAUAUGCUGGUUAUGAAUUUUUAGAUUAUUAUUCAAAAUUAUUAUUUGGAUUAUCUUUACCAAAUUAUCGUUAUGAACGAACAUUUGAUUUAAAAUGUGCAUUAAAUGUUAUAAUAGUUCUGAAUAAUGUUCCUAUUCUAGCAAAGAUUUACGCAAUUGAAACAUUAACAGAUAUUCACCAAAUAACAUUAGAAGCAUUACACUUAUGGUUACAUACUCGACGAAUGAAUAAAGAUUAUUCAAAUUUAUUAAAUUUAAUAACAAACUUACAUGAAUCAUCAACUUUUGAUGUUUUUAAAAAUGAAAUAGAAAAACUCUUCGAUUAUUGA